AUGAGUAAUCAAUUUUUACUGCCAAAAGUUUUCCAUCCAGAAUUAUAUACUAUUUGGAUUAGAGAUUUAAACAUUAAUACAAACACAUUCAAAGGUGCGGUCUGUAUCAAUCUGAAAUCUUUAAGUUCGACCAAUGUUAUUCAAUUACACACCAGAGAUCUGGUUAUUAACGAAGCAUGGAUUGAGUUUGGUGGUAAUGAGAAAUAUGUUAUGGUUUCUCAAUCUUAUGACAAAAUUACUGAAAUAGUUUCUAUGGAGUUCCCAAUCGAGAUUACAAAAGAUGUUCAAUUGUUUAUCAACUACGAUGGUAUUUUGCAAACUAAUAUGUCUGGUUUCUACCGUUCUGAUUAUAAAGACGUUUCCACCGGAGAAGAUAGAUGGAUGUUAUCUACUCAAUUCGAAGCUACUGACGCAAGAAGAGCAUUCCCAUGUAUGGAUGAACCGAACUUGAAAUCACAUUUCAAGGUUAAUAUCACCUGUGAUAAGUCUUUGACUGUUUUGUCAAAUAUGCCAGAAGAGUCUGUGGAGACCAUUAAAAACUUAUCAACGACGACCUUCUAUACCUCACCUUUGAUGUCAACGUAUUUAGUAGCGUGGGCUAUUGGUCACUACGACUACAUUGAAGAUUCCACUGAAAAGAAAAUUUAUCCAACGUUAGAUGGUUAUGAUAUCAGAGAUGGUUCCUCAGGGACAAAGGGUUCUCUUCCAAUCAGAUUGUUUACUGCUAAAGGCAAAAGUCACCAAGGUAGAUUUGCUAUGAACGUCACGAGAAGGGUUGUUGAUUUAUUCUCAGAAUUAUUUGAAAUUCCAUAUCCUUUACCAAAAUUGGAUAUUGUUUGUGUUGAGUCAUAUUCACACAAUGCAAUGGAAAAUUUUUCGUUAAUCACUUUCAGACCAUCUGCUAUCUUAUAUGAUGGGAAAGAUGAAGAUAUCCCAAUAUCUGAAGCUGCUAAAAAGGUGGCAGGUGUCGUUUGUCAUGAAGUGGCCCAUCAAUGGUUUGGUAACCUGGUUACAAUGAAUUGGUGGGAUGAGUUGUGGUUAAACGAAGGGUUUGCUACAUGGGUUGGUAACUAUGCAGUUGCCCAUUUAUUCCCAGAAUGGAAUAUUUCAUCAUUAAAUAUGUUGGAUGCUCGUGAAGUUGCUUUAAGUUUAGAUUCAUUAGAAGAAUCUCACCCAAUUAGAGUUAAUGUCCAUGAUCCAAAGGAUAUUGAUCAAGUCUUUGAUACUAUUUCUUAUUUGAAAGGUUGCUCCGUUUUACAAAUGUUAAGUGGAUUUUUAGGUGAAGCCAACUUUUUAAAGGGUGUUGCUUUAUAUUUAAGGAGAAACAAAUUCAGUAACGCUACUAUGGUUGACUUAUUCGAAAGUAUCAGUGAAGUAAAUGAUAUUGAUGUCUUAACAAGAAUCAAGCCAUGGAUUUUGGAAUUAGGUUAUCCUGUAAUUAAUGUUAACAGCACCAGUUCUUUGUUGAAUUUAACACAAGAAAGAUACACACAAAGAAAAGACAAUAACAAGAAAGAAACGAGUUGGUGGGUUCCUUUAAUGAUGACCAAAGAUAAAGUAACAGAGGGCAAGCUAGAGUUUGACUCAUCUUCAUUAGAUAUUGGUAAUGAUGGUAAAUUUAACUUCUUCAAUACAGAUGGCUACGGUUUUUAUAGAGUCAACUAUCAAUCUGCAGAAUUACUCCAGAAUAUUAUUGAUAACGUGGCAAACAUAAGUAGCAAAUCACAAAUUGUUUUGAUCUCUGAUGUUGCUUCUGUUAACUCCUUUGGAGAUUUUUUUAAAUUAAGUUCAGCCAUUAUAAAAUUAGGAGAUUUGACUGACCAUUGUAUUUGGAGAUUAAUUAUUGAUAAAUUAUCACACAUGAGGACUUUAAUAUACAACAGUAGUUCUGUGACAACUAUUGAAAAAUUCGAUAAUAAUGUUAUAAAUUUAUUUGAGCCUUUUAUUGAUGCUGCUAUUGCAUACUUAAAGAACCCAAGCAUUGUUUUGCAAGAGGACAGUACUACCAAAUUAGACAAGGCAAAGAUUUUUGAUAUGAUUUUAGCUUUUACUGGUUCAUUAAGUCAUCCUAGAGUGGUCAAGGCUGCUUCAGAAAUUUAUAAUUCUAAUAAAAUUCAUGAAUCAAAUAGACUAAUUAUUUUAGGUACUCUGCUUUCACAAUUGGACACAGAAGCAUCCUUGUUUGAGAAAAUUACUUCAAAAUUAUCUACAGCAACGUUGAGUGAACUAGAAACUAUCUUGACUUGUUUAGGUAAAGUGAGAAAUGAAAAAUUAUUCAAACAUGUUUUUGACCUUCUAUUUAAGAUCGAAACUAUGAAUGUGCAAUUUUUAGCCACAGCUUUUGGGAAGAAUCCAUAUGUACAAAAAUCACUUAUUGAGUAUGUUGAACAAAAUAAAGAUGAACUAUUAACUAGAUUAAAAGUCAAUGGUAUUGUGAUUUCUAGAUUCGUUAGUUUUUCACUACCAAACAUAUCUGAUGUUGAAUUAUUCCAAAAAAUUCAAAACAUUUUUGAAGGUGAGGAUGUUUCAUUAUACGAUAGAAACCUAAGACAAAUUAUUGAAAAGAUUGAAUUGAAUAUUGCUCUUUUGAAAUCAUUCUUACCACAAGUUGAAGAAUAUUUUAAAUGA